AUGACGAGGCGCUGUGCAUCGUGCGAUGAAGAACCCCCUGUAGUAGCAGCGGCAGAGGAGGAGGAGGAGGAGGAGGAGGAGGAGGAGGAAUUGAUCGUGGACAUAAAGAAGGAGAAAGAAGAAGAGGAAGAAUGGGAGAAUGUGGAGAGUAAACAAUACGAGCUCACGGAGAGAACCACUAGGCGCUCUAGACCUUUGACUCCAGCGAAGCACACCGGAACUACAGGUAGAGGAUCGAAGUUUUCGACACCCGCGAAGACAAUAACAGGAAAACGUGGGAGGGAACAGAUAGAGAAUGUUCAAGAGACUGCACCAAGCUCUAAGAAGCCAAAGGGGUCUUCGAGAGGAAGAUCCAGGGCUUAA